AUGAACUAUCAUCCCAAACACGUCUCGCCCUUCGAGCUGAUCAUCGCAUUCGCCAACUGCGUGGUAUGGCUUGUCGCCGCGUACUUCCUCUAUCGCGUAUUUCAGGAGCGACGACAUCUUCAAGCUAAGGCCCGGGCGCGGGCGCCGCCUCAAGGAACAUCUUGUCUCCAGGUGGAUGAGCAACGAGAACAACCGAGCCUGCUUCCCGACAACGAGGGCGAGGUGUUUCCAGCAAGCAGGGAAUGGGAACACUUCAAAGCCAGAUUUGGUGGUGGAAUGGCUUGA